UCCCGGGUCUCGAGCGGAGGAUGCCGGCCGGCCGGCGGGCCAAGGAGGGCUGGGCGGUGCCGCCUCGGCGCGGGAGGCCCUUCAGACCAUCUGGCGAGCGCGGCGGGAGCUCUGCCUCCUCUCCGGCCGGCCUUGAAGCCCUUCGCUUGGUCUUUUCCUGGCCUCUGCAGUGGAGAAGGGGCUCGCUUGCGUCUCUCUUGUUGUCUUUCCCCAGCAAACGGUUCAGUACCAUGGUCAGCACAAAUACUUCAGCAGUCGGAUGAACCAGGAUGCCAGCAUAUCUGAGGAAAUUUUUGUUUGAUUUUUCUUAUAAUUGACCAUGGCUUGAGAUAUAUGAGUGCCUGAAGACCAAAUCCACAGUAAAUUGGAUUAUAAUUAGAAAGUAUCAAACCUGAAUUUUCUCUAAAGGCAAGAAUUGUGAAUGUAAACUGACAAAUGGAGGUCUAAAUAAGGAUGGAGGGCAGAUGGACCAGGUGAAGAAGAAACUUCAGUAUGAUCAGAAAGAUACACUCAAUAUUUCACCCCAGUUCCCGCAGGAGGAGCUUAAUCGAUGGGAUUCCCGUAUAUGAGGGCUCUGAAGUCCGGUUGAUCCGCAGCACCUCUAUGUAUGUUCUCGGAGGUGAGGAUCAGGAAUUCAGUGAACCCCUGAAAAAAUGCAAAAGCACCACCAGCAUAGACUCAGCUGCCUGCAUCCAUCUCAAGGAGGAAGAAAGAGCAUGGAUGUACUCCAAGACCCAAGACUGUCUGCAGUACUUACAGGACCUGUUAGCCUUGAGGAAAAAAUACAUUGAAAGCAUCAAAGACUUGAAGUCCAUGGAUAAAGCCCAUGAGAUUUCCCCAAUAUCUACAAAAUCUUCCAAGACAAGAAAAAAACCACAAGCCCCAGUUCCAUCCACACAAUCUUCUAAGAACUCAGCAGAGAGAAAAACCUCACAGCUUGCUUCAGAUGUGAGGGAGGCCAUUGCCUAUUUUGACUCAAUUAUUGCAGAGCUGGACGCAGAAAGGCAGCGGAAAAUUGUUGUGAGGGAUUAUCGACAUGCGGAUGUUGAUUUUGAUGUUGUCACUAGCUCACGAGAACACAGCUUACAUUCCAACUGGAUACUUCGUGCUCCUCGGAAACAGUCCCAAGAUACUGUCCAAGCAUCAAGGAAAGCAAGCCAAUCAGAAAGAAAGAACCAAGAAAGAACAGUCAGUUCCAGAAAGAAAUUAGAAAGAUAUCCAAUAUAUUUGCCCAAAGCUGUGGAGGGAGCAUUCAAUACUUUGAAAUUUAAGCCCAAAAUGUGCCCAAAGGAACAGCUUUAGCCUGGAAGUCAUAGGGACCACCCAAUGUUGAAUCCCUUUCAUAAGAGGGCAGGCUACGAGAGCAAAGGAUUUCUGCACACCCAGGGUUUUUUGUAUGAUAAAUAUGCAAUAGUUAUUAAUUUGAUGCACACCACUUACAGAUCUUCAUUUGUAAGUACAUUUCCACAUGGGGAUAUCACAAUUUCCAAGUGCAAUAUUUUGUAAGUUGGAACGUUUGUUACUUCCCCAGACCCAUUUCUAUUAUGCUAGCAGUACAAUAAAGCCCACUUAAAAUAUAACAUCUUUACUUAGUGGCCAGCUGGAAAUUGUUCUAAACUUAUACCCUUCUGUCGCCUGCUCUGAACCAGGAGGUUUCUACUUGUUUUAAUAUAUUGUUUUUAUUGAUUUUAAUGUCUUAAAUGUUGUAAUGUUGUAUGUUGUAAUCUGCCCUGAGCCCAUUCAUGAGGUAGGGCGGAAUAGAAAUUCACUAAAAAGCAAACAAACGAAUAAGGGAGGUAGCACCAGGAACAGGGUCUCCUAUUGGACAUUUCCUGUGCUGUGAUGUCAUUAAAGAUGGGCCACACAAGUCCUCAUUCUCAUGCUCACACCAUUGUGUGAACUCUGUUUAUAUGGUUAACAUUUUUAUUGUUGUUUCAUGACCAUGUACUACCUCACUGAGCAAUUCACGUGCAGCAGCAGUCAC